AUGGGAUCUGUUUCUCAAGAUAUGGCUCUGUCGCGGCCUGCCCUUGGACAGGAUGUACAGCUAGGUAUGCUGUACGAUGUACGCACCUCUCAAUUCUUCGCUGGCGUUUCGCUCUGGAACAAUGAUGUCGUCAAUGCAAAGCAAGAACUAGAUGAACAAAAGGUCCAGAACGCCGAUUAUAACUUCUCUGCCACAAGCUCAGCGAAGUAUCUGAAUGAUAAGAAGUCAAGCACACAUGAGGCACCUGUCGACGUGUCGUGCAACGUUGUGCGUCGCACCCGCCGCAUCCCACAGGAAGUCUUGGUGUCUAUGAAGUAUGAGAAGUAUCUUGCUGACCCUAGCUACAUGCGCUUCGUUGCUGAAGUGGUUGAGGGUGGAUGUGCCACCCUUAGCUUCAUCCAGCCCUGUUCAACUGCCGAGGAAGCGAAGAAGAUUACGGGCGAGCUUAAGGUUAGCGCUGUGAAAAUUACAGUCAAAGGCAGCGCCGAGGUGGAAUUCUUGGAGCAGAACGAGUCUGUGUUUGAGAAUGUCAAGAUCUCGUACAGCGGUGCAAUGGCCGAGAACGUGUCCAGCAUCCAAGACGCCCGCCGCGUCGUAGCGACGAUGCCGACAAAUCUGGCAAAACGGCUCAACACGCUCCAUUAUAAGCUUCUGCCUCUUUCGGUGCUCGAAACUAAGGCGAACCGCCUUAUCCGUAGUCUUGAUACUGGCCUUGUCACCAAGACAGCUGCGGCACUUCAGGCCGGCAUUAUAGUAGCCCUCGGGAUCAAGGGUUUGGUGACGCAAGAAGUGUUCCAGAAGCAAUUUCCAGCGAUAAAGCGUCAGAUCAUAAACUUUCACACUGCUUUUUCAGCAGCUGAGACUCAGUUCACAAAGAACGCACGACAUGAGAAUGCCAAGAUUACCGAGCUCCAAGAGGCUGUCGCUCUCUUCCAGCAGCGAACCGAGUUUGCUAAACAGUUCUUCACUAGGAAAUACACUGAAGCCAGUGCUCUUCGCGCAACAGUUGCCACGCUGCUGGCCGACAACUUCGAGGAUCGUCUCGGCGGGCUAACACCCCAGUCGCUGAUUGACGGUGGAGCUCCAAGACUACUAUUAUCUUUUGGUGGUUGGUCCCUCAAUCGGGCGCGCCAAACACCCACUCCAGAGGGAGAGCAGGAUCCCGGAGAUGACAACGAAUCGGAUGACGAAGAAGAAGAGUGCCCUACGCCAACAGCGAUUACUGGCAGCCCCAGGCGUCACCGUCGCUUUGGAGUAGCAAGCAUUGAUGCUGCAUAUCGUCCUGGAAAAUCGAAGAAAACCAAGACCAAUGUUGGCGAUAUUGUUUUGGAUAGCCAUGGUAAGCUUCUCAUUAUUACUGGAAUGCUACCCAAGGCCCCCACGGCUCCGAAGCUGACAGUUGAUGGCCAACCCAUCACUGUGAACUGGUUCCAAAAAUGGGAGAAGCUCGAGCAGCUGGCCAUGCCAACGACAGGCUACACAAUCAAAUACAGCCGUAGACUCAAUCCCUCCAGGGACGGUGCCUUUCCUCGGGCAAGCGAAAACGAGGCCGUUACUGGGGUCAACUACACAGCUUCCGAAACAAAAGCAAUACUUGGCUCGCUUUCAGACGGCUGUGACUACGAAAUCGCAGUUAGCGUUCAAACAACUGUGGGAAUGUCGGCAUGGAGCCCCAUUGUCGUGGACCACACUGCCAAGAUGCCAUCUGUAGCUUCCGAGAUGAUCCAUUUCUUGAACAAGAAUAGGGACAAGUUAUCAGAAGCGACUCCGGAAAAGUCUCUUAAGCCAGGUGACAUCCCACGAAGCAAGCCGUGGGGCCUAUAUUCUCCCGGCAAAGGGAGUGGCAAGGAUACACUUUCUCUUGGCCUCACCGAAGUGGCGCGGCGCUAUAGCACAGAAAACCGAUUUCAAGGCGAGAUUGCUAUUCGCAUCGUCGACGUCGCCGCAGACUUCAAGCCCAAGAUCAAGGCUGCACCAAUAGAAGCUCAAAAUAAGACUGUAGUGGUUGUGUUUGCGGGCACCAGUGGCCAUGGUAAGAGCACGCAGAUCAAUGCCUUCAUCUCAUACCUGCUUAGCGGCGAAGUCGACGAUCUGGCACGUAUUUUCGUCAUCGACGACUGCAGUGCCAAGCAGUCCGAGUCCGUGACACAAAUCGUCACCUGCUUCCGCAUCCGACCACUAUCAUCACUUUUCCAGGGCAAAACGCUGCUCAUCGUCGACACGCCUGGCUAUGGUGACUCCUGGGGCGUUGAACGCGAUGCUUUUGUCACAACGACCAUGUCCGAGUUCUUCAAGACAGUCGAUCACGUUAAUGCCAUCAUCCUCACCUAUCGUGCCAACGAGGUCCGCAACACGGUUCUCAGCCCUGUGUCGACGUAUGUGUUCUCGCUCUUUGCCAAGGAUGUUCGCAGCUGCCUGCGCACCGUCUACACCUUUAGCGAUGCCGGGUCCCCUCUCGCUGACGGCGCCUUGCAACAGCUUGGAUGUUGCCUACCUUGGGGAUGGACAAAUAUAUAUGGAUAUUCUCUACCAUUCUACAAAAUUUAA